AUGAGUCAAAACAGGAAUUCAGGUUCCAUUCAGAAACUAAUGGAAGAGUCGCAGGUUUUUGAGACCCAACCAAGACAAACUUAUAAAUUAGCUGGAGGUUGCCAACCAGAUGUCCAUCUGUGUAAUUCAAAUCACCCAUCUCAAAGUUUCUACCCGUAUUCAUCUCAUUACCCAUAUAUGCAUACACGUUACGGCAGUGAUUGGGAAAUUUUUGAAGCAGUAAGAAUUCAGGAACUUGAAGAAGUCAAAGCCAGAGCUGCCCAAAUGGAGAAGACCAUGCGCUGGUGGUCAGAUUGUACUGCUAACUGGAGGGAGAAAUGGAGCAAAGUUAGAGCAGAAAGAGAUAAAGCCCGGGAGGAAGCAAGACAACUGAGAAUCAAAUUAGACAGUGUUGUUAAACAACUAAGUAUGCUUAAAAAAAUAAAUCAAGAUUUAUUAAUUGAGAAGGAAAAUUUAGAAAAUAAAACUGCUUGGAAAACAGAAUUCAGUUGCUCAGGCUUAUCUUCAAUUAAAGAAGACCUAAAUCAGUUAACAUUUCUGGAACAAGAACCUGUGAAAGAAGUGAGCAAAAUCAGCAAGAUUCCUGAGGCAAAAAGCACAAAGAAGGGUGUAGAGAUAAUCAAAGACCAAAGCAAUCACAAUAAGAAAAUCACUCCAAUUGAAAAUCACUUUCCCAGUGGAGUUCCCAGUAUCUAUUUGGAGGAACCUAAAAAAAGUUUGGAUAAUACAGCUAAGACAACAGAGAAUGACUUAAUGCAUGUUUCCAUCUCGUAUUUGCAUUUGGCUGAGAUGCAGAAAAUCUUACAGAAGGAAAGAGAAAUGAAUGUAUUUCUGGAAAAAGAAAUGGAAAAGAUAGAAAAUGAAUUAUUUCUUUGGAAAUGGAAAUAUGAAAAACUGGGACAAACCAAGCUGGAAGGCCUAAAACAGCCUGAAAGACUGCAGUUUGAGAAUACCUCUGAAUUAGAAAAUAGAGAGAGACCUGAAGCAGAAAAGCAGGUAAAAGAAAUUGAGGGACUUCCAGAGAUGGAAAAUAAAGAAGCACUAACUAAAUCAAGUUGUGAUCAUCAAGACACACAAAGGAAGCUGCUGGUUAAAAAUAAG